UAGGAUUCCUAAGGAGAGCCAGAGGUUUUCAUUUGCAUACCCCAUUCCCAACUUCCAGAAGUUUCUUUUCUGGGGGAUAUAUAUAGGCCGGAGUAAAAAUAAUAAGAACAUCAAUCGACAGAGGAGCUAACCCAAAGAGUGAUAUCUGGAAGAGGUCGUGCCAAGCUGUGCCAGAAUGAAAAACGAAAACCUUGGCAUCAGUAUGAAAACAUUUCAAGGCUUCUAUAGCUGCUCAAGAACCAGAAGAAAGACAGGAUGUGGGUGACCGUCGUAGCUCUGUGUCUGCUGGCCAUUGUGGCCUCUGGAGAAGACAGGAAGAAGCUGAGCAGCCAUGCCACCACCAUGGCUGACCAGAGCGCCAAUCUGGCCUUCAGACUCUACCACACGGUGGCCAAGGAGAAGGGCCUUGACAACAUCCUGAUAUCCCCUGUGGUGGUGGCCUCCUCCCUGGGCAUGGUGGCCCUCGGGGGCAAGGCUUCCACCGCCUCCCAGGUCAAGUCUGUCCUCAGCGCUGACACCCUGAAGGAUGAGCACCUGCACACAGGCCUGUCAGAGCUCCUGAAUGAGGUCAGCUACUCCAAGACCCGUAAUGUCACAUGGAAGAUCAGCAACCGCCUCUACGGCCCCAGCUCGGUCACCUUUGCCGAUGACUUUGUGAAGAGCAGCAAGAAGCACUACAACUAUGACCAUUCAAAGAUCAACCUCAGGGACAAGCGGAGCGCAGUGAACUCCAUCAACGAAUGGGCGGCCAAGUCGACAAACGGCAAGCUGCCUGAGAUCACCAAGGAUGUGCAGAAUGCUGAUGGAGCCAUGAUCGCCAACGCUAUGUUCUUCAAGCCUCACUGGGAUGAGAAGUUCCAUGCGAAGAUGGUAGACAACCGUGGCUUCCUGGUGACCCGUUCAUUCACAGUCUCUGUUCCCAUGAUGCAUCGCACUGGUCUCUAUAAGUUCCAUGAUGACACAGAGAACAUGUUGUUUGUGCUGGACAUGCCCCUGGGCCAGAAGCAGUCCAGCAUGGUGUUCAUCAUGCCCUACCACCUGGAGCCCCUGGACAGGCUGGAGAAGCUGCUGACCCGCAAGCAGCUGGAAACCUGGAUGGGCAAGAUGGAGGAGAGGGCCGUGGCCAUCUCUCUGCCCAAAGUCAGUGUAGAAGUUAGCCACAACCUCCAGAAAACUCUUGGUGAGCUUGGUCUGACUGAAGCUGUGGACAAAACCAAGGCUGAUUUUUCCAACAUCUCUGGCAAGAAGGACCUGUACCUCUCCAAUGUGUUCCACGCCUCUGCCAUGGAGUGGGACAUUGAGGGGAACCCUUUUGACACCAGCAUCUUCGGAAGCGAGAAGCUGAGGAAUCCCAAGUUAUUCUACGCUGACCAUCCUUUCAUCUUCCUGGUGAAGGACAACAAGACCAACUCCAUCCUCUUCAUCGGCAGAAUGGUGCGACCCAAAGGAGACAAGAUGCGUGAUGAGUUAUAAUAGUUAAUGGAUGUGAGUUACGGUUUACUGAUUGAAUCAUGCCAGGAAAUGGUAUGUGUAUUAUGGUAUCAUGGUAUCACUGUUACCUCAAGAACACAUUCCAACAGGUAAUCUGUGGACUGAAUAGCUAGGCCUACUAAUGUAUCACAGACACAUUAAGCACUCCCAGGGAACAGGAGUGUAUACGUUUGAAUGAAUGCUGUUUGGCCUUUGCAAUGUGCCAUAAUGAAUAACAUUGUUAAAGUCUGCAUUUCAACACAUUUCAGGAAAUAGCCAAACACCAUAAGUGCCUUUAUAGAGUACCUGAACAUUGAAUAGCAGAUGACCUGACAGCAUGCUUAUAUUAAUUAGCUAUGAUCUCUCAGAUUUCUGCCUUCCAUAAAAUCAGACAUAUUCCACCAUUAUUUUCACCAGUAUGGGUUUGGCUUCUAUCUUAUUUUUAGUUUGUGAUCUGUGUGGUUACUUGCAUUAUCUUUGUUUAAAGAGAAAUAUUGUUGCACAAGCAACUUUCAUGACAUACUAUCUUCCACUUUCCAACCAGCAAAGUACAUUUAUCAGGCUUUCACAGUUUUUGCCUUCCAGCUGCACUGAAACUGUUCCUCUGUACUCUUUGUUUUAAUUGAAUUAUCUAUGCCAUUUGCCAAUCAAACUGUGUGACUUUAUGUUGUAGGCAUUUACCACAACCUUGGAAUGUUGCCAUAAUUCAAUGUUGUGUCCUUUUUUGACUAUUUUUCAAUAAAAAUAAACACAAAAUGAA